UCUCUAUCUAAACUAAAAGGGAGACAGAAAUAUAGUUGCAGAAGGAGGAACACCAACCCCAACAACGGAGCAAAAGAACCACGGUCCAUGCCCGCCCGUCAGACAUUAGUACGAGAAAACCAGGAACCGCCGCGAGCGUCAGAGAGAACAUGUCGGUGCCCAAGUGUGCUUGGGUGGGGAUGACCACAGUUUCGGUCGCUGUCGUUGCCCUUCUCAUCAAGAUUUACCCCACUCCAUUCUCCUCCUCUCAGCAGAGGCUGUUCACGAUUGAAGAACUAGCUUUGUAUAAUGGGACUGAUGAUGCUUUACCUAUUCUUCUUGGAAUUUUGGGUUCAGUGUUUGACGUAACAAAGGGAAACUCACACUAUGGCAUGGGAGGAGGCUACCAUCAUUUUGCUGGAAGAGAUGCCUCCCGAGCAUUUGUUUCAGGAAACUUUACAGGAGAGGGACUCACGGAUUCCCUGCGUGGCUUAUCCAGCUCUGAGGUGAAGAGUGUAGUCGAUUGGAGGGACUUCUACUUUAGAAGUUACACAUAUGUUGGCAAGUUAGUUGGCCGUUAUUAUGACAGCCAAGGAAAUCCUACAAAAUAUUUGAAAGGAGUUGAAGCUAAGGCCGCUAGAGGUGCGCAAUUAUUGGAAAAGCAGAAGAAAGAAGAAGCAAAACAGCCUAGUUGCAAUUCCAGAUGGAGUCAGGAUGAGGGAGGACAGGUUUGGUGUGAUGUUGGCUUCCCGAGAUUGGUACAGAGACCUCAAGAAAUUGCUUUGACAGGGAAGAUGAGCAAGCGUUGCGCCUGCUUUACAGAGGACCAGCUGAACAAUCCAGGGUUGGAAGUAUAUCAAGGAUGUGACGACCUUGCUAAGACCUGUCAAGUCUGAGUUGGAUUUUUGCAUGACCCGUGUAUAACAAACGUCUCUCUUUGGAGUGUAAACAUGGAGCUUGAAAUGUUCAUGACGCCAUAGAAGAUAGAUAUGUCUACACCGAAGCACAUCCAUUGCUGCCGCACAUCAAUGACAGGUCUCUCAAAAGAGCAAAAGUGUUUUUUUGUAUGUUAUAUACAUUCAUU